AGGGGAGGAGGGGGAGGACGAGGCGGUGCAGAUCUGGCCGCCCUGUGAGCUUCGGCAGCUCUCGCCCACCUCGCUCCGCUAGACUGCAGUCAUGCCAGAGCUACUCAGCGUACCUCCUACAGCAGCUUCAGCAACACAGCGGUCCACCCGAGGUUGCCGACCACUGCUCGGCUCCCCCUCGCCCUCGCCCUCAUCAAGAAGCGCACCUCUGCCUCCCACCUCGACCAGCUCGCUCGCUGGCCGCACACACGAUGCUGUCGAGCACAGCUGCCCUCCUCGCCACCCUCGCCGCCUGCACUCUCGCCCUCGCCGCACCCUUCCCCUCGGCCCGCAUCCCUCUCCUCGGCUUCUCCUCCCCCUCGCCCUUCCUCGGCCUCGACGACGACGCGUUCGCCAAGCCCGUCGGCACCGUCGCCUUCCUCCCCGGCUUCCACACGUGCGGCACCCUCCUCGUCCUCAGCGUCGACCACCUCGCCCUCGACGACCUCGCCCUCCUUCCACGCGCCGACGACGACAACUCAACCUCGCACCACUCGCUGUGGGACCGCUACGCCGCCGCACCGUCCAACACGCUCGUCCCAGACGCCGUCGAGGGGACCGUCCUCGCGUGGGCACGCGGCUGGCGCGACACGUGCGGCAAAGGCGCGGCCAACAAGGAGGUGCGCGUCGCCCACUUGACGGUCGACGGCGUCGACGACGACGACGACAGGGCUGCAUGGGCACGGGCACUCGACGAGCACGCCCGCCCUCACCUCGACGCGCUCCCGCCCGCGCCACACAACGCCGUCGUCCUCGUCACGUCCCUCUCGCCCUCGUCCCUCCGCAGGGCGUUCGACCUCGCCUCGUCGCCGCCGAGCGACGGCGGGUCCGACACGACGCCCCCUCCUCGCCGCGAGCGCCGCCCCGCCGCCGCGCACGGCCUCGUGUGGCGCACGCUCGGGCACAUGGUCGACCUCGCGCUCGCGGGCGCGUUCCUUGUCGGGUGCGCGUACGCGGCGCGCUGGGCGUGGGACCGCACCGAGGCGUGGCGCGCGAGGGCGAGGGCGGCCGGGGCGGUCGGGGCCGGCUGGGGCGGGCAGAGCGUCAGGCUGCCGCUCGACCGCGAGGCGGCGAGGGAGCUCGAGCUCGAGCUCGACUCGGACGAGGAGACGCCGCAGCUUGAGUUCUACUUCACCUCGCUGUUCCCAUCCAUCGCGCACCUCGCAUUCGCCACCGUCCACGCCGCCGCCCUCUGCGCCGCGCUCGAGCCGCUCGCGCGCCGCGCCAAGCCGGGCGAGCUCACGCGCGACGGCGUCGACGGCGUCGUCAGGGUCCUCGGCGAGCUCCAGCAGCAGCAGGACGCCGUGGGAGGCGAGGCCGAGCGCAGAGCCGAGGAGGACGUCGCGAGGUGGCUCGGAGGGUUCGUCAAGGUCGUCAGGCGCGAGGUCGAGGGGGACGAGGGAGAGCAGGACUCGGUCGACGGCGCUCGUCCUCCCGCCCACCACGCCGCCAAACCCUCCCCCGAGCGCUUCGCCUCUCCCCUCCCUCGUCACGCCACCAAGGACCGCACCCUGUCGCGCGCCAACCCCGACCACGCGAGCGCCGCCUCGCUCCCCUCGCCCAAGUCGGCCUCGUCCCCGCCGCUCCACCCUGCCCACUCGCGCACGCCUCGCGCUGCCGCCACUACUGCCGCCGCCGCGAGCGACGACGACGGCCUCGACGGCGAGGUCGACUCGCCCGUGCCCAAGGCCAACCAGCUCGCGCAGCACCUCGCCGACGUCGACGACGACGACGACGAGCCGGCGCCGACCUCGAGUGCGGUGUCCGCGACCGCGGGAGCAGGCAGGAAGCCGCUCCGCGUCAAGAACGGCGACGUCGUCAUGUCGGCCGGCGAGCGCCGCGAGGGCAAGGGCAAGGCGCGCGCCCGCUCCCCGACCACGUCGCGCAGCUCGUCGCCCGCCGAGUCGUCGCGCGUCCGCACGGGCCAGCACGCGCCCUCGAUCUCGCAGCUCGGAGCGCUCCCGUCCGACGACGAGGGCGGCAGGGCGUCGUCGGUCGAGGUCGACGGCGAGGCGGUCGAGGAGCGUGCGGCGGGACCGGCGGCGUCGACCUCGCGCUCGACCAAGGCCAAGCCCACGCUCAAGGUCAAGCCCGCCUCUUCCAAGCCGCGGCUUCGCGCGUCGUCGAGCAAGGCGCCGCAGGCCAAGAAGAAGGCGCAGCAAGGCAUCCUCUUCCGCCCCGAGACGGCCUCGUCCGACUACGACGAGCUCGAGCCGGCGCCCGCUUUCGCCGCUGCGCCCGCGCCCAAGCCCGUCGGCAAGAAGGCCAAGCCCCGUGCUCGUGCCCGUGUCGGGACGCCGGACGACAUCGACGUCGACGAGCUCGCGUCGGACGGCGGCCAGGCGGCGCGCGCGCCCGAGCCCAAGACCAAGAAGAAGGUGCCCGUCCGCGUGCGCCCGAGCGUCAAGCGGCAGCAGGAGAGCAGCAGCAGCAGCAGCAGCGGCGGCGAGGACGACGACGACGACGCGGCGAGCGCGCGGCGCACCAAGAAGCGCAGCAAGACGAGCGAGACCACGUCGCGCCGCGGCCAGGGCAAGGGCGGCAAGGGCGACGGCAAGAAGCGCAAGGUCACGCGCUCGUACUCGUCGGACGAGGACGAGGGCGACGGCAAUGCGGGCCCGUCACGCUCGCGCCGCCGUUCGGGGUCGUCGUCGCCGCCGGCGAAAAAGCGCAAGGUCAAGCGCUCGUCCUCGCCCGUCGCCGCGUCCGACGACGACGAUGACGAGGACGAGGACGACGAGCCUUCGACGAGCCGCACCAGCGCCAAGGGCAAGGAGCGCGUCGUCACCGCCGCCCAGUCGAGGCGUCGCUCGGCCCCGACCGUCGCCAAGCGCACCCAGCCCGCUCGCGCCUCGUCCUCGGCGCCGGCCCCGACCAAGAAGAAGGUCAAGGCCGAGUCGAGCAAGGGCGCCGGCAAGAACAAGGGCGCGAGCAAGAGCAAAGCCAAGUCGCGCGCCGCCGCCGCCCAGGCCUCGUCGAGGCGCAAGCCCCAGGCGCACGGCUCGCGCUCGUCGGCGCGUGUCGCGGCGGCCGAGGCGAGCUCGGAGGAGGACGAGGGCGUGUACAAGGCGGGCGAGCGCGUCUUUACGUACCUCGCAGGGAGGCUCGUGCUGCCGGCGGUGAUCAUGAGCAACCCGGACGCAAAGCAUGUCGCGUGGGCCGUCUUGCCUGGCACCAAGGAGCCGGCCACCAUCCCGAUCUCGAUCUACCCUCCCUCGAUCGCCGACCGCAAGCUCGCCCGCAGGCCGCAGGACGCCAUCCUCUCGAGCGCACAGACCCGCGACGUCGCCGCCGCCAACGCGCUGUGGCACGACAAGCGGGCGCUCUCGAGGUGGAUCGUCGCCGCGGCCGUGGAGUACGACGAGCAGAAGAAGAAGCGCGAGGAGGACGAGGAGGAGGAGGAGGAGGAGGACGAGGAGGGGAGCGGGAGCGAGGACGAGUCCGAGUAGCAGCUCGCGGCGGGGCUGGGACGGAGGCGAGGGACCGGGAGGGUGCCCGACUUGCCUUUGAGUACGCUUGCCUGAGAAUCAGAGUCCUUUCCGUGCUUC